AUGGAUUCUACUACCAAUACUUCUGGUCAGGAUACUACUAUUCCUGUAAUGCAUUCCCCCUACAAGAAGAUUGUGAAUAUGGAGCAUGACAGUAGGAAGCCCCCCCUAUUGCUAUCUGGUAGUCAACCUUCCUCUGAGUCUGUCGAUCCUGAGCCUUCUUUGGAACCGCCUGGAACAGUUACUCUUCAUGAGUAUCCGGUAAUUGCUGAUCCUGUAUUUAAAAAUGUUAAGGAGAGUCUUCCUUCAUAUAAUGAUGAAGCCCUAGGUUCUGAGGUUCUUCUCCAUCCUACUUUGGAAGUCCUAACAGUUCUUGAGUCUAUCGAUCCAUCGUCAAAAGACCAGACUCCUUCCACUUGGCAUCUGCUUCUGUCUUCUAGCGAAAACUUUUUGGUGUUGGGUUUGGACUUUAACAUGCAUCUAACAUUGAGUCUACAACCAUUACGGUGGACCCUCUUCCUACUUGUUUGGGUGCUCCUGGCAGCUCGAACCUUACUCAUGUGGAAAUUUUUGACACCACUCCUUUGUUGGACGAUGAUUCUCACCCGGAAUCGACUAUUGAUGUCUCUUAAAAAAGACACCCUGAUCGUGUCUUUGGUCGAGCUCCAGACUUCAGUUCAGCACAAUGUGCUUCAACAGCAAGUGGUAUGA